AUGCACACCUGCCUGACCACCCCCAAAAGGCUCGCAACCGUCAGCUGCAUGCCCAUGACCCUCCCGACGGGUCCCAUCGCCGCCCUCGAUAUCACGAUCCCGUACACAAGCACCGUCACUACGCCGCACAGCAACAACACCGCCACGAGCACAUCCCGUGAGGGAGUCGCUGCGAUGCUGGAUCUGCAUCCACUGCGCCCUCGGCCCCAUCUGCGUCAAGACCCCCUGAGCCAGCGCCAGCGCCAGCGUCGCUAUCAGCGCGACCCAAGCCCCAAUCCUCUUCCUGCCGUCCCGCUUCUCCUCCUUGACGGCCGUGGCGUCGUCGACCUGCGCGGACUGCGAGCCAGCCACGCGCUUGAGCCCCAGGAUGAGCUCCAGCUGCAGCAUCAGGAUGUACGCCGCGGUGAUGAAGCCCACGAGAUUCUUGAGCGGGCGCAGGAACCCCAUGGCCCGGGCGUGCGUCUCGAUCGGCUUGCCGGACAUCUGGACGUCCAGGUUCAGGCAGUGGACGGCCAGCGAGAGCGGCAGCCACACGACGGUCAGGAUGACCCAGCACGUCUUGAGCCAGCUGGCGGCCGAGCGGACGGGGUCGUUGGUCGAUUUGAUGCGCCGGAAGAUGAAGGCGGUCGAGGCAACAGAGCACAGGAGGGCCGAGACGACGAGUAUGACCGGGACGGCCCAUACCACCACCGACAUUGUGAGCGUGUGCGAGUUGGAGAGCGAAGCUGCUCAACAGCUUCAGCUCAACACCCUGCUGAUUUCCGGUGUAACUGA